AUGAAGAAGGGAAAGGAAAGAGCUGAAACACGAACACGGAAACGAGUUCGAGAAACAGACGACGAUUCAAGUACAUUCGAGGCUGCAGACUCGGUACCAGCACCUUUCACUUCUCGGUCAUUGAGUGUUGCCACGACCAGCCGAAGUUCAUCUCCUGGCUCGCAAAGGCCUUUGCCAAAACGGUCCAGACAUCGUGCUGAAACUCGUGAAUGUCCUAUAUGCCAUGAACCAAUACCUCUUCGCCUCCUUGGAAAACAUGCAGAGCUCGAAUCCAGUCGUGUUCAAGAUAUCAUCAGCAACAUAGGCUCAUUAGAGCCAAUAACGAUGACUACAGAUUUCGAUCUCGGUUUUUAUAUCCCUGUGAACGAGGCUUCGUCUAGUACUACGCGACGAUCAGCCGCACGCGCAAGGCAAAUCAUCAACGGAGACUCGACUUCAAACUCGGUCACCAAAACUAUACAAACCAUAAAACGGAAUCGGAAACUACGAUAUGUGAAGCUGCGAGAGAUGACCAGAAAUGAAGAAGAUACUAAUGUCAGGUUGGAGAGAGGAGUUACUGGUGGGGAUAGUGUUGUGUGCCCAGUCUGUUUGACGACUGUUCGGGGUGAUGAAGAUGUGGUGAACGCUCAUGUUGACGCGUGUCUGGUGAACGAAACGAGAGGGGUAGCUGAGGAAAGACAGAGACAGCCUUUCUUGGAGCAAGAGGUUACCAAUGGCAAUAUCGUGGAUGGGGAUGGGGCUGUUGUCGGUUACAUUGGAGAUGUCAGAGGUACCGGAUUUCAUACACGAGAUCGAAAUGCUCGAGACGUUGAAGAUGAGGUUGACGUUGAUGGUGAUGAUGCUGUUGUAUACGGAGCGGUUCAGUUUACUGAAGGAGACAUUCUACCGCUAAAUGACACAACCACAACAGUAGCGGAGGAAACUGAAGAAGAACCAAGGAAUGAGGGCAGCGAGGAUCAGCCGCUUGACAAAACUCUGCGUAGUCUGGUCGCGCAAGGCAGGUCCCUCAAACGCGCAUCUGAAGUAGACAUGAAGGCAAGGAUGGAUGAGAUCAUGGGCAUUGGUGAGACUGACAAGAUGGAGCUAGCUAUACUCGCCGCACGUAGGGAAGGAAGUCAUAAUGCGUUGGUUGUCGCAUUGGAAAAUAAGAUCAAGCAACUGGAAUCGACCCGUGCGUCGUCAACUUCUCUUCUUUGUCGUAUCUGCAUUGAUCCGUACAACGAACCCACUGUCUCAACUGGCUGCUGGCAUACAUGCUGUCGUGACUGUUGGCUGAGGUGCCUUGGGUCCACAAAGUUAUGUCCCAUCUGUAAGAGAAUAACAGCAGCGACAGAUCUGAGACGCGUGUAUCUAUGA